AUGGAUUACAGGCGUGGAAACGCUCGUUUUCCAGGAUACGAGAUGACAUACCCUUACAGCCCCCAGCCGCCUCCUCAAGGAUUCCCAAUGAUUCCCUUCAAUCCCCCUGUCAUGCCAGGAUUCCUUUACCAGCAGCAGCAGAAUCAGUAUUCAGGGCCAGAAAGCCCAAACCCACCCCAGAUGUUACCUCCUGAUGCCAGAUUUGGCAAUCCUCACUUUUAUCCCAUGCAAAGCCUGAGCCCUGCUCUGAUUGACCCUACUCGCCGAGCUCGUUUUGCUCAUACUCCCCUUCCUGCACCAAUUCCUCAAUUUACAGCUCAUUUCAAGCAGCCAGAGAUUCUUUCGCCUCUGACACGUGGUGCUGCUGACUCGCAGUUUGAUCAGUUGCUCAAGAUCGAAUCUCAGAACCAACUUGAUGGUCCCCGAGCCCCUGGCGUUACCAAAAGCAUCGACAAAGUUGCAUUGCCUAGCGAGAUGCCAAUAGGUAGUCUUGUUCAUCUCCAAUGUCCUCCCAAGUGGGGUGUGAUCAAAAUUGCAAAUAUCCCAUACUCGAUAACCAAGCAGGAAAUUGUGCAGUUUCUUGGUCGACAGGCUCGCCUGAUCACACCUGAUAAGGGCUGCCCUGUCCACAUAAUAAUGGAGCGCUCUACGGCUAAAACAAUGGACUGCUAUGUCGAGAUGGAAACCCCUGCCAAUGCCAAAGAGACUGUGGAUAGCAUUAAUCGGAUCUAUGAAACUGGACGUGCCCCUCGUCUGGGAAAUCGCCAUGUGGAUGUCGAAGUCAGCAACCAGGACGCUCUUUUGAAAGACCUGUUUCCACGUGCCAAGUGUGUCUCCUGGCAGGAUGGUGUGCCUAUUGUCUUCCCGAACAUAGACCCCUAUUCCACUGGAUAUGCGGGUUUGUUCACCAGCGAGGAGAUCGUCGGCGCUAUUCGUCAUGCAGAAAUACCUCAUCGUUCCCCUUUCUGUGCCAAGUGCCCGCAGCGUACCUACGAGUCCACUGUCAGCACGAUGUACAAGUUCCCCUGGUUCGCAACGAAGAUCUACACGGUUCAUGAUCGGAACCUUUUGUUUGAAUUGGUCAAUCGCCACAUUCAAUCUUUGGUUUCCCGUGUCAGAAGGUCCAAUACUGUUGGUCUUGACCAGAGACUACUUCGCGAUCUGCUUUACGCCGGUCUCAAUUGUCCUGCAUUUAACGAGCGCCAGAAAUACACGUUGUGUAUCAACUCCGAUGAGCUCUCUGAAAUCGUGAAAUUUCCAGAUAUGGGAAAGUGGUUCCCGUUUGACACAUUGGUUAAAAUGCCAAAGUUAGAUGAGAAAACCCUUCUUUAUUACGCGAACCUCAUCUCAAAUGGAACAGUCCGCCAUCAUGCAACCACCGAGUUGCCAAACACGUUCCCAGCAGAAAAUUUCGAGCUUCAUUCUCCCUACGGACGCAUUUGGUUCGAAUGGCCAUUGGAUGUUGCGAAGCUCAUGACCUGGGAGGAUGCUGUACAGCACGAAAUGGUCAAUCUUUGCAACCUUGUCCUGAGCGGCUGGAUCUCCAACGAUAAGAUGACCAUGCUCAAUACAGGAACGGUGUCCGGGGAGUCGUCUUCUUCAAGCAGCCGCGUGUCUCGCCGACGCAACCUGACCAUUUCACCUUCUGGAACUGACAAGAGUCAGAUAAGCGAAGAUACAUCGUCGAAUGCUGGAGUAUUUGGAACCCAUUCGCGUCGUGCAAGUGACCUCCACAGUUACCAAAGCGCAUACACCAGCAACAGUGACGCUAGCUGGAGCCAGAAGUUCAUUCGUCCCACCACCAGAGCCAGGGCUGGAUUCCUUGGCCAUCGAAACACGCUGUCAUCUCCCACUUGCUUUCCUUAAAUCACAAGCUAUUUAAUGGAACCACGACGGCCUUGAGGGUCUACAGCACAAGUUUUUGCGCGCCCACCAUCAUAUCCAUAUCAAAUUGACGAUAUCCUACAUCGCCACGUUCCGUUCCGG